AAAAACAACAAACAGCCACACCUAAAUCCUUUUAAAGAGAAGUUUAGAGACGUCAGCCUGUCAUGCGGCUGCGCCGCUAAGCAUUCGUAUCUAACUUUUCGUACGCCCAAGCCCAGAACACAUAUGUAUGUGAAUGCUUCAGAACGUUAUUUUAAAUCGAGAAAGCAUCAGAAAAAAAUGAUGAACGGAGUUUCCGAAUAGACGUAAAGCUCUAAAGUAGUAAAUAAAUAGGCAAUUAACAAAAAUAUAGAAGUGAAAUAACAUGAAAUAUUAAUUUUUGCAAGCGUGAUAUAGCAAGAAAAGAGAAACUUUUAAGUAAAGUCUAAAAUGUGAAACAAUUAUAAAUGAAACGUAGCGUAAUUUAAAUAUGCACUCUAAUGGCCAAAGAAAUCAAAGAAAAAAGAUUUUCUUAUUUAAUAGCAUCGGAUUUCUAAUAUUUACAUAUGUAUAUAAUUUAAAUAAACUUAACUCUAUCGAAUAGUAAAUGAAAAAAGUGCAGAAGUUGUUUUAGACUUUUUUUUAUGUGCGAAUUGAAAUAGUGUGUCGAUAGGUCGAUAAAAUCCGAAAAAUUUUUUGAUUUGAUACUUUAUUUGAAACUAAAAUAACGGUACGCCUUGGAAUUUCAAGAAAAAUUUUAACAAAGUAUGACAUGCUAUCUCAUUGGCCAAUCCACGUUCGGCCGUCCUGAUUAUGCAUUUGCAUCAAAUGUGGCUUUGUUGUCACCAUCAAGCUUGAUAAAGCUCUCGGUAUUUCUUCGCAAGCUAAUACGAUUAUAGGACCAUUGCAGCUGCCAAUAUUUUGGAUUUCAUAUGUUUUUAUGAUCAUGUUUGCAGGUCACAUAAAUAUGAUCUAGGAGUUGACUUAAUCUGGAAAGUUUAAGAGAGAUUGACUGACAAAGCCUCUAUUAAAAAUGCUUAUGGAAACUCAGAGAAAUUUGUAACCUUGCCUAGUUUUGGUAAAACUAGGAUAUAUAAAUUUUGGCGUAAAAAUUUGCAAAGUUCCGCAAUGUGCAUUAACGUCUAAACUAAGAGACUGGGCAAGUACCCUUUUAAGAAGCUUACGACCGUAAAACACUGCCAAAGCUAUAAAGUGUAUAUUAAAGUUUGUUUAAAGAAGCAACUAAACAAGUACUAAAGCGACUUAAAAAAGGAACUUAUAACGAAUGUAAAGUCGCUCAGCUAACAAAUAAUUUGAAAAACCCAGAAAAAUUUUGAUAAAGUGAAUUAGUGGAGAGAUUAAAAAGACUAACAACUGAUUUACAUUUUGAGACCUUAAUUGCAAAAACACAAUUUCUGCAUCCAUCAUGGGGACACGAAUUGAAUUGUUAAUCCUAAGCUUUGCUAUGCUGUGUGCUUUAGCCAUAGCUGUCGGUGAAGCGGAUUACACUCUGGACGAUUCCUUUUGGAAUGAAGAAAGUCCCGUUGGAGAGGUGGAACGAUUACUUAAGGAAUACAGACAAAACCAAGAGCUUGUACGCAGAAUUGGGGGUCAUUAUUACCAAAUAAUAUAUCCAGUACAGUUACGGCAUCAUGAGAAGAUGGGAAUCUCAACUCGUGAAAUUAGUUCAGCAAAGCCUGGACAAAGGCCGCGCCCUCACGAAGAUAGUGGUUUCAAUAGAGGGAGAACCAAGAAACACUUUCAUCGGACAUCCCUACUUAUCAAGGCAUUUAAUCAUAAAUUUCGCCUAGACCUCGAGCUUAACUCGCAACUCCUCUCGCCAAACAUACAACAGAAACAUUAUCACGUCGGUGGAUACCUCGUGGAUGGGAAUCGACAUGACAUCGAACAUUGCUAUUAUCACGGAACAGUCAAGGAUUAUCCGGGAGCAAGUGCAGCAUUUCAUACAUGUAACGGUGUCAGCGGAGUCAUACAUAUUGGAAAUGAAACUUUUGUUAUUCAUCCAUUUUAUGGCGGGGAUCUUUCGAAACAUCCACAUGUUAUUUUUGAAGCUCGUACGAAAGCAAACAAAGGAUGUGCUAACUCUGGGAAUCUAGACUCUUGGCGCCUGUCUCGCCGCACAAAACAUCUACCAGCUGGAGUGGCUGGUAUAGUCGAUGAUAUAUUUGACGGCGAUGGUGGGCGAAUGCGACGAGAUGUGCGUGAAGCUACUAAGUACAUUGAAACUGCAAUAGUUGUCGACAAGGCAAUGUUUGAUAAACGCAAUGGAAGUACACGUGCCGAGGUGAUUCACGAUGCUAUACAAGUUGCUAAUAUAGCAGAUCUGUAUUUUCGAACUUUAAAUACUCGAGUAUCUGUUGUUUACAUUGAGACGUGGGGAAAAAAUCAAGCUAUCAUUGAUGGAAGUAAAGAUAUAAGCAAAGCAAUAUCUAACUUCAAUGAUUAUACAUCCCGUAACUUGUUUCAAGUGGAGCGUGAUACUACUCAGUUGCUUUCAGGCGAAAUAUUUGCCGGUGGGGAAGCUGGCAUGGCUGUUCCUGAAACUGUUUGUACGCCACGCGCAGUGGGAAUUAGUGUGGAUGUAAACGUAUAUGAGCCACAUCUUUUGGCUGGUACUAUGGCUCAUAUGAUUGGACACAACAUUGGCAUGGGACAUGACGAUGGACGCGAAGAAUGCUUUUGCCGUGAUUGGCAUGGUUGUAUUAUGGCUCAGUCAAUUGUCGGCCAAGAGAGUGUGCAGCCUUACAAAUUUUCCGAAUGCAGUAAAAAAGACUAUAUCGAUUCCUUACGAACUGGUCAUGGAUUAUGUUUGCUUAAUAAACCAAAUGAGAUUGAGCUUCGCCGAAAUUGCGGAAAUAAGGUCAUUGAAGAAGAUGAGGAAUGCGACUGCGGAACAUUUGAAGAAUGCGCAUUGGACCCCUGCUGCGAUGGUAUAACAUGCAAGCUGAAAUCAGAAGCCCAAUGUGCUAGUGGUGCUUGCUGUGACCAAUGUCGUCUGCGUCCAAAGGACUACAUAUGUCGAGACUCUCAUAACGAAUGCGAUCUUCCUGAAUAUUGCGAUGGUGAAGUGGGACAAUGUCCUUCAGACGAAUAUAAAAAAAAUGGUUCUCCUUGUGGAAUUAACAAGUCUGGAGUCUCAGGUUAUUGUUUCCAGGGGAAUUGUCCGACCUUAAGUUUACAAUGCGAAGCUAUAUGGGGCUAUGGCGGAUCAGCUGCAGAUAGACAGUGCUAUGAACAAUUUAACUCUAAGGGUUCCAUAAAUGGGCAUUGUGGGCGCGAUGCCAAUGAUCAUUAUAUAAAAUGUGAACCAGAGAAUGUACAGUGUGGGACUCUGCAAUGCAAGGAAGGGGAGCGACAACCCGUAAAUGAUGGCAUCGAUCAGCUUUAUUCACGAACUAUAAUAUCAAUCAAAGGUCAGGAAUACGAAUGCAAGGCAACCAGUGGACAAGUGGGCGCAAAUAGUUACCCCCAGCAUGGUCUAGUGAUGGAUGGGACACCAUGUGGUGAUAAUUUAAUUUGCCUGAACCAAACAUGUAUCAGUCUAUUUCCGUAUGUAGAUCAGACAAAGUGCCCAACAAAUAGUCGCGGUCAAGAAUGCUCAGAACGUGGCGUUUGUACUAAUACAAACCGUUGUUUUUGUGAUAUGGGAUGGGGUGGCACAGAUUGCAAUUCUGUUGUGCUACUGACCACAGCUCUACCAACUGAAACUUUACCCACCCCAGAAAACACAAUUAAAAUGGAAAAAAAAGAAACUCCAUAUGGCACAUCUGACCAAAAUAGGAUCAGCACAUUAACCAUGGUCAUCAUUUUAACAGUUAUCGUGAAAUGUGUCUUCAUUAGCUUUGCAACACUGGCCGUUUGCUACAGGUAGAGUACCAAGGAAAUCAAGUUCAUUUUUCUUUUACUUCCAUUUACACUUCCAUUAACACCCAUAAAAAAUAUUUUUAUAAUAACGUAA